AACCUACCAGGUCGUAUUUUCCCGGUUAGCAGGAAGCCAGUCGGAGUAGAAUCAUCAAACCUUGGUAGAGCACAGACUUGAAACCUCUGAGAGAUCAGAUUCAAUGCGUUUGACGCCUCAGGCCGGCACGAGUCGACGGUUGGAAGCGUCGCUUGCAGCUGGUUGCAGGAGAGGGGCAGAAGCAGCGGCGGUGUUUGGGCGGGCGGAAGUUUCCUCUGCACAUUCCAGCGCAGUCGAGACUCUCUACGUACUUCUGCUCCUCUUCUUGCAUAGAGAGUACGUACAGGCAAUGCUGCGAGAGGUACGGAGUACUCUAUGCUCUGUACGCUCAUCGACAGAACUACUACUGUGCACAGGCUUUGAGGUGCCUUGCAGCAUUCAUCAGCUUCGGUCUAUGGCCACCAUCUGGAAGCAUCACAUUCUUCCCAUGUGCAGCUCAUGUACGUCUUCUGCACGUUCUCUGCCCGGAUCGAUUGACUGUCUAUUGCAGAGAAUCGGCACACCGCUGGGAAGAGCGCUGGCAUCCAGUUCUCGCUUGUUGGGAACCUGGCCACUUCAAGGUGACGACUUCAACAAGCUUGUCGUGACGAUGGCUACAUAAACCAGGCGGCAUCACCAAUCAUUCCCAGCAUCCCAUGUCAAUCAAGGACAGAUAGAUCUGCUCCCGAGCAAAGUGAUUGUGGCUGUCGGCACAGCCUGCAAGGAACCCGAGGCUGUGAAACCGAGACCGAGAGACUCGACGGGUUGCUCUCUUCCGGCAGGUGAAGGAAAAAUCUCCGGU